AUGACAUCCGAUCGUAGUUGGGUUGGUCGUAGUCGAUACAAUGAGUUAAAGUAUAUAACGGAAGAAUACAAGAAUGGUGUGGAUAGUUUUCUUAAAUUUGCUUGUGAUAAUCUUAAAGAUGAAGAUGAAGGGCUUAUUAGAUGUCCAUGUCAAAAGUGUAAAAAUAGGUAUUUCAAAGAUUCUAGUGGUGUGAAAGUUGAUUUGUAUCUUCAUGGGAUUAUGCAAUGGUAUACCAAAUGGGAUUUACAUGGGGAGAAGGAUAUGCCCCGAGUUGAAGUUGGAAUGAGUUCCGGUUGUAAUGAUGAUGAUGACAUGUAUGAUGCUCAUAACAUGCUAAGAGAUUUUGCAGAUGCAAAUAGAUAUUUUGAGAAUUUUGAGGAGGAACCAAAUGCCGAUGCCAAAGAAUUUUACAAUAUGGUGAAUGAUGCCUCUGAACCAAUCUAUCCAAAUAACAAGGAUUACACAAGAUUGUCAUUUGUAAACAAGCUACUACAUUUCAAGAACAAGCAUCAUUGUAGUAAUAAUGGCUUCGAUGAGUUACUUUGCCUUAUUGGAUCGGUGUUACCCGAUGGUCACAAACUUCCCAAGAGCUAUUAUGAGGUGCGAAAGAUGAUAUCGGGAUUGCAUAUGGGAUAUGAAAAAAUUGAUGCUUGUGAAAAUGAUUGCAUGUUAUUUUACAAGGAAGACAUCAACAAGACACAUUGUGAUAUAUGUUAUACAAGCCGAUACAAGGAGCAAAAGGAUCCAAAGAAGAAGAAGAUCGCACGAAAGAUCUUGCGCUACUUUCCUCUCACCCAAAGGUUGCAACGCUUGUUUAUGGCUGAGAAGACAGCUGAGUGUAUGAGGUGGCACCACAACAGAGUUGUAGUUGAAGGCCAGUUAUCUCACCCCGCUGAUGGUGAUGAGUGGAAGCAUUUUGAUAGUAGAUUCCCGCACUUUUCAAAGGAGAUUCGAAAUGUUAGACUUGGCCUUUCCACUGAUGGAUUUGACCCAUUUCGUGAUGCACAUGCAAGGGAAUAUACAGUGUGGCCUGUGGUGGUUGUGGUGUACAACCUUCCUCCAUCUAUGUGCACGAAGGCUCCAUACAUGUUCAUGCCUCUUCUCAUUCCUGGACCGAGUGAUCCUACAAAAGAUCUUCAUGUUUAUCUUCGACCAUUGAUUGAUGAAUUGAAACUAUUGUGGCACACCGGGGUGGAAACAUAUGAUAGAUUCUCACGUACCAAUUUCAUGAUGAAGGCAACACUAAUGUGGACAAUCAGUGACUUUCCCGCACUUGCCAUGCUUAGUGGAUGGUCAACUAAAGGCAAGUUGUCUUGUCCAGUUUGUAUGGGAGAAGUUAAAGCCACUCAACUGAAACAUGGUGGUAAACCUAGCUUUUAUGGCACUGCUCGAUAUUUCUUGGACCAAGAUGAUCCACUUAGAAGAAGUACAAAGUUUGGUAGAACUAAGGCACUAUCAGUCACAUAUCGACAUUCUGGAAUAAUAGCAAAGACAAUGUGCGAGCAGAUACAGUUUCCCCCUCCAGGAAAGACAUCCUGGAGAAAACCCAGGGAUUAUGGUGUGACACAUAAUUGGACUCACUUUUCGCCAUUUUUUGAGCUCCCUUAUUGGGAGACACUUAGACUUCGUCAUUGCAUUGAUGUCAUGCACACUGAGAAAAAUGUUUUUGACAACAUAUUCUGCACAUUGAUUAAUGACAAGAAGAAGUCGAAAGACAACUUGAAGGCAAGACGUGAUUGCAUGGAAUUGGGAAUACAUCGUGAGUUGUGGAUAAAAGAGGAUGGCACAAUACCAAGCGCGCCAUACGUGCUUUCUAGAGAUCAACUCCAUUUGUUGUUCAGGUGGAUUUCUAAGCUUCAACCUCCUGACGGGUAA